UAACAUCAAUUGUAGUUAGAGUUUAAUUUGCAUGCGCACAUAGUUUAUUACUUGAUGAACUUUUUUUGUUGUCCCAAAUUCAGGAUUUGCAAUUGAAAACCCUAAAAACUCGAUGUUGGGGUUUGUGAUUGAGCGUACGCAGUACUAAUCACUAAUCAGGACUCGAAAUCCCAAUUUCCAAACCAAAACCAUCCACAAAGAAUAACAGAAUCUCUGUCGUUGCUUUCUCGGGUUUUUUUCUUCAUAUAUACAAUGAAGAGGACAAUGCCAUGGAGUGAUGAUGAUGAGUCAUCAGAAGACGAGUCAUCAUCUUUACAUUCAGACUCUGAACACGAUAGUGAAACUGGUGGAAAAAAAUCCAAAGCUAAAUCUGUAAAGCAGAAAAGUGCUCCAAUUGACUUUGAAUCUCUGAAACGACACGGGUAUAAAGGCGGGCCAUCGAUCUUAAAGGUACCUCCACCCAAAGAAGGUGACACAAAGCAAGAUUGGUCCUGGUCCAGUGGAAAGGAAAAGCGCAUCGACAAGGAAACUGAAGAGACAUAUGAAGAGCGAAAGAAAACUAGAGAGGCUCUUUCCAUAGGAGAACAACUGCCAACUGUUCUGACUAGGAACGAAAAGAAUAAUCUCUCCUUUUCUCAGAAGGAAAAGAGGAAAAGGGAGCUUGGUCAGGCGAGCAGGGGGAAAAAUUAUGUUGAAGAAGAGAAGAGGCUAUUGAGGGACAGUGGAGUCUAUUCUGGUUUUGAUUCUUGAUAUGUGAAGCUAGGUUCCACUACAUCUUGUAUAAAGGUACUAUUGUACUAUCUCAUGUCAUUUUGUUGUACUGCAAGGAUUUGGUUUAGUUGGAGAUGUCUACUAUAAUCUCAUGUCAAGUAGAAACCAUUAUAGAUGAUAAAUGAACGAGAUUAAUAAAAUUAAGCCCUUUUUUGUAUCAGAAGAAAAAUUAAAAUGUUUUGUCGAAGAAUUA